GUAAAUAAUAUCAAUUAUACUUAUAGCAAUAACAUACAAACACACAUACACAUCUACAAUAAUUCAUCAAAUAUUAUAAUUGUCGUUAUAUUUUGUCAUAUGUCAGUGUAUGAUUGAAUAAUAUAAUGAAACUUUAAAUGAAAUAAUAAUUAUUAUCAUUAAUAAAAAAAAAAAAAAUAAAAAACCGAAAUGCGCUUGGAUUAUAUUGAGAGCCAUCACUCAAUUGAAUCGAUUACCGAAUCACGUAUUCAUCAAUUAAAAUGACGUAUUUAAUAUGAUAUUAUAUGAUCCAUUAAAUCGAUAAAGAAUAAAUAUAAACAACAAAUUUACACUGAAAAAUUUUUUAACUAAAAUAAUAUAUAAGCAUUUAAUGAUAAUUUUUGAAAAACCAAUAAAACAAAUUAAAUCCCACAAGAAUUCGAAACAUGUAUUUUUAAAAUAUGAAAAAAAAAAAAAAAAAUAUUAACCUAGUCUUGUAUAACUUGUUAUGUACUAUAUGUUAAAAUGAAACUAUUUAAGUUUAAAUGUAUAUUAAAUGAAGAUAAGCAUAAAAAAUAUAGUGUAUAUAUAAUACAAAUCGAAAUUUAUAAACAAUUGUUUUUAUUUAUCCAAUUAGAUUCUUCAUAAUUAUCAUUUAAUAGAUUCAAGAUCAGUUGGUAGAAUUAUUGAAAGUAAUGUAUUUUUGAGUUGAUGAAAUAGUACAAUUUAAAUACUGUUUAUUUUCACAACGCUUGCUGUUUCUUAAACUUGUCUGGUGGCACAAUGUUCAUUACCAAUAAAAAUAAAUAAAAUUUACAUGCCAACAGAAGAAAAAAUUUAUAAUUAAAUUUUUGUAUUAAUAAUUAAUUUUGUAAAUCUAAUUGAAUGCUUUUUCUUUAAACAUUUUAAUACUGAUCAACAAUGAUUUAAUUAAUAAAAAUAAAUUUGUUAAUAAGUUAAUAAAUUUUUACCUAAUUAUGUGUAUAAUAAAAUAACAAAAAAGUAAGGUCAAUAAAUUUUAUAAGAUGUAUUUAAAAAAAACCAAAUUUUUUUAAGUCAUGGUUUUAUCUAUAUUCCUUAUUAUUAGAUGCAUCGUGAUAACUGAUAAAAAAUGCGGUCAUCAGAAUGAAAUAAAAUCGUGGACACUGGAUUAUCCAAACUAUAGUUUAGAGUUUGAAGCUCUCGCGCAAGCUCAGAAAUUCCGCGCAAACUCCUGGAUUCCCAAUUUGUUUGGCCAACUUGCAUUGCUCGUCCUAGUAGUUAUCAGUACCACUAGUAGUUGCUUGCGUUCCAUUCUGUGAGCACGUACUGCUUAAUACAUAUUCGGAUUAUAUUAAACCAAGUUCAAGUUUAUUUAUUUUUAAUAAUAUUACAUUAAAUUCAAAUCAAUAUCUUUUAAAUUAUAAACUUUAUAAAAAUAUCCUAGUGAUAAAAUUUAAAAAAAUAAUGGUUAAGAAAAAUUUUAAAUAUAUAUAUAUAUAUACUGAAUGAUUAAUUUUAAGUAUAAACAAAAUUAGUAAAUGGAAAGUUUAAAUUCAAGGGAAAGUGUUGAAUUACUUAUUUAAUAAAAAAAUUAAUAUGUUAUUAAUAAAAAUAUAUAAUUUAUUAUUUAAAUAUAGUAAUGUAGUUGUAAUAAGAUUAUAAAAAUUUAUUAAGUUUAAGUGUUAUUGAUUGGUCUAUAAUUAAAAGUUAAUAUCAGUGAGUGGUAAUGGAUAACCAGUGGUCAUUUGACCUUCUUCUUCUUCUUCUUCUUAUUGCUAGUUUACUACUAAUUAAAAAAGUAGAGCCAGUAAAAAUAACGUCCGUUGAAAUUCCGCGAGUAGUUAGAGCUGGUACAGAAGAACCAACAAUUCUUGACUGCAAAUAUGAUUUGGAAUCAUCGACAACAGCUGCACUCGUUGUCAAAUGGUAUGUGGACGAGGAGCUUUUAUAUCAGUGGAUCCAUAACUCACCACCCAAGGGAUCUGAUGAAUUUGAAAAAUUUGUCGAUGCGACGUAUAAAGCGAGCAAUGAUCCAAAUACAAUGUAUAGAGCGGUUAAACUUGUCAGACCAAGUCAUGAACUUUCUGGUAAAAUAAGAUGUAGUAUAUCAACUCAAGAAGAUGAAACAGAUGCUUCCGAAGAUAUGUUAGUUUAUUCUCCAGAAACGGUCUUCCGGUUAUCGGAUCCAAUGAUAAAUGAAGAUUCCACCCAACUAACCACAAGGUGCUUAGCUGAAGACCUUUAUCCACUUCCUACGAUAAAGCUUUUUCAAGACAAUCAGCCAAUAAAAAAACAAAAGCAAUAUUACAAAAAUAAAACGGAUGGUCGAUACAGUGUCGAGGCCGUUGCAACUUUGUGGAUGGACCAAAUUAAAUUACCUACAACAUUUAAAUGUGAAUUAUUUAUUAAAGAAGCUAAUUAUACUUCUAUUAAAACAUACGUAUAUAAUGGUGGGUCUGCUCAGUCCAAUGUCUCACUACUCUUGAUCUCCUUGAUUAUCGGAUUCUUCUUGGUUACCACCACCACCAUCACCACCCAGACGACAACGGUUGCUUUCUGUUAACCACAAUAAAGUGCAAAUCAUUUAAUACAAAUAAUAAUCAUUAAUUAGCAAAUCAUCAUUAUGGUCUACAAUUUAAUUAAUUACUUUUCUAAAUUAAUAAGGUAGGUGUAUUCUGCACACUCUCAUCAUCUCAUUUUUAUAAAUAUUUAAUAAAUUAUUGUAUAUUUUACCAGUAUUGUUAAUUAAAAGGACGAAAAAAUAAUAAAUUUAUUCUGUACAUCGACCGUUUUUUAAAUUUAGCCUACAUGAUAAACUCGUAAACAUGUGGAAAAUGUGCGAUAUAUAUUCAUAAUUCUUUAAUUUAUAAUAAUCACUAUGAAAAAUACAUUUUCCACAUCACGAUGUUGUUUUUUCAUUAACAUAUAAAAGAAAAUUAAUAAUAAUAAAAAAAAAAAAAUAUUUCGUCGUGAGUACAUAUAAAUAUGUAGAAUUUCAUAUUGAAUCAAGACUCAUUUCCUUUUAUCGUAUAAAAUAAUUAAAAAUAAUGAAAACUUAUUUUUAUCACUACAUAAAUGUAAUAAUUAAAGAAUUUUUUAUGAUAUGUGUCAAAUUAAUAAAACGUGUCAUUGUUAUUAUUAUUAUUAUUAUGAUUAUUUUAAAAGCAGCUCGAUUAUGAAAACAAAAUUUUUAGUGACUUUUUCAUACCUCAUAACUAAAGUACAAUAAAUCAUUGAAAAUAUUAAAUUAAAUAAUUUUAUGCACUAUAGUUUAUCGAAUACAGGGUAACAUAUAAAAAAUAAAUAAAUAAAUUAUUACUUUCUAACGGAAGAAAUGUCUCGAACAGUAAAAUAAAAAUAAAAAAAAAUUAAUACAAUUAUUUAAUGUUAAAUUUUUGAAUGCGGUACAUAUAGAUUUUAAUUUAAAUAAUUAUAUAAACGUUUAAUAUUUUUUGAUAGGAAACUAAUUGAUUAAACUUGGAGCUAAUGCGGAUCAUUUUAAGGGAAAAAAAAUUUUUCUCAUUAAUCAAUGUCUGAUUACUUUAGUAUUUUGUUACUAAAAAAAUGCCCUUAUAAAUAUACGACCUGACCUUAUAAUCAGCUGCUUCGUAAAUAGUUCGGUCCUACCAAAUAAUUACAAUAAAUGUAUAAAAUAACUGUAAUAACAGUAUGAAAAUAUAUGAAUUAUUUGUUAUCAAUUAAAUUGAAAUUCACUAAAACAUUCUCAUGAUAAAAUGAAUAAAUCUUUAAAAUAAAAAACUUUUUUUUUCUUUCUUGGUCUUAAAAGUUGAAAAAAAGAACGGUAUGAUUUUGAAGCGUAAAACUUUUCUUCUUAAAAUCAUUAUGACUUUUAUGAAGCUUUAAAUUUUUCUGAUUCAAGUAAAGUAUGUUUUUCCUGAUUAAUUUUACACCUACUGAAAGUUUGCCUUGUUAUUAAAUAUAGUAAAGAAUAUUUUAUACCCAUUCAAGCCCAUGUUUGAGACAGUGAAAAAGAUUAAACUAGUGAAAGAUUUUAAAAAUACAUAUUAAGUAAAGUAAAACUUGGUAAAAACAAAUGAAACAAAGAGAAUGAAAAAAAUAAAUAAAAUGAUAAAUAGAUAUGAAAGCGAGGAAAAGAGAGAUUAUCUUUUGUGAUACUGUGAUACAAUUUCACUUGUGAGCCGGUUGAAAAAAUAUUCAAUGUUAUAUGAAUUAUUUUAAUGGUUUUAUUAAUUUACUGGUAUACUAGAAGAAAAAAAAUGUUGAUUUAAACCGACUGGCUCGAGAUAAUGUUCUCAAAAGUUAAGGUAGUUAAAAAAAAAAUGUGAAAAAGCACUUUCAAAGCUCUUUGCUGUAUACUUAAAUAUCUGUUCCUAAAUUAUCUAAUUCGCUGUACAUUGCUAGAUAUAUAAAUAAAUAAUAAAACAAAUUAUAGAGAUGAUGAUGAUGAAAAUUGAAAAAAAUAAAUUAAUAGUUGUAUCUAUAGAUUAAAUAUUGUUACGAAACUCUCAUAAAAAAAAAAUCACAAUUGUAACGUGUUCUAUCAUUGUUAUAAAAUAAGAAUUAAAAAUAUAAUAAUAAUAAUACUAAUAAACUAUUAUGUCAACUAUUUGCAGAGAAAGUGUAUGCGUGUUUGCUACGUAAAUUUUAAUAUAAGUUUAUCAAUAUUUUACGAAAUUAAAUAGUUAGAUAUAUUUGUUGUAUGUAUAUAAUACAAAUAAAACCUAUUUAAAUUUUAUUUUAAUUGCAAUAUUUAAUUAUUUAAUUUUAUGUUAUC